ACCAAGAAUGAGAUGUGGUUCCUUCAUGAAGAGGUUACUGAAGCUAGCUGUGAUUGUCAUCCUACUUUCAGUGCUGUCAACGAUCAUACUUGAUUUUGUGAGUGACAGGCUGUCUGACACUGAUCAUGAAAACUAUGAAGAUGAUCAGCCACUAUUUGGAAUUCACUCUCCACAUCGCCAACCCCCAAUUUAUUUGCCUGCUGAAGAACCUACAGACCUCCCUUUAAUCGUUUGGUGGACUCCAUUUAUUCCGGAAGAUCGUAAAAUCAGGGAAUGUUCCCUCGGAUCGUGUCUUAUAACAAAAAGCAGAACAGAAUUAUCUAAUCCGAAUACUCAAGUGGACGUAUUUAUGUUCUAUGGUUCGGACUUGCAUUGGAGUGAUCUACCGCUUCCCAGGAAGCCUCGUCACAUGUGGGCUCUAUUAAACGAAGAAUCUCCGAAGAAUAACUGGGUAUUUGCGACUGAGAAAGGAAUUAGUUUGUUCAACUUAACCUCGACUUACAGCCGUUAUUCAAACUAUCCUAUUGUAUUGCACUACCUACACACAUUGAUUAAUUUAUCGCAACCUCAGAGAGUACCGACGAAAGACAAGAGCACUGGAGACCUGGGACUAGUCAUGUAUAUGCAGUCCGACUGCAACCCUCCAUCAGAUAGAGACUCAUACAUUCAAGAGCUAAUGAAAUAUGUCAAAGUCGACUCAUAUGGACGAUGUCUACACAAUAGAGACUUACCCGAACACUUAACAGAUUCGCUUACUUUCAAUGCCCAGGAUGUCAUAGAUUUGGUUGCUAAAUACAAGUUUGCUAUAUCAUUCGAGAAUGCUGUAUGCCACGAUUACAUCACUGAGAAAUUUUGGAGACCACUGUAUGCUGGAACAGUGCCAAUAGUCCAUGGAUCUCCCACGAUUAAAGAUUGGGCACCUACUGAUCACUCUAUUAUUGUAGCGGAUGAUUUCGCCUCACCUAAAGAACUAGCAGAGUUUCUUCUCAAAUUGGACACAGACGAUAACAAAUACAACGAGUAUUUGGAGUUUAAACGAAGUGGAAUAACAAAUCAACGCUUGCUGGAGCACUACAGACACAGAGAAUGGACAGUGGAUGAUGAUGAUGGAUUGGACUUUAUCGAUGGAUUCCAAUGCUUUGUAUGUAAUGAACUGCACAAACGUCGACAACAGCAGAACCCAGAGCUGAUGGUAGCUAACCGAGACCACUGUGUGUGUCCUGUACCAGAACCUUUUCUUAAAGAGACAGGGAAAACGAUUGAAGAACGUAUGGAGAAGAUGGAUGAAGAAGCUAGAGAUGAGAUGGACUUCUGGAGACGUACGGCUGGCUGUGCUGAGGAGGUUGCAGCUGUGCUGGACAAGAGCUUUGGAAGAGGAGAGACACAAGAAGAGCUCAACCAAAGAAUAGAAAAUGAGUGUACUGAUAUCUGUGCUCGUAAUUUUAAAUAAUAAUUCAAUUAUGACUGUUUGUUCAUAUCUAUAUAAUUAUAUACUGCUUUGUAAGUUGAAUUGGAUAAUAAAUACCAUGAAAAAAUUUGGAGCAUGCUG